AUGGGAAUGGACUUCAAAUACCUCAAGGAAAACCUUGGGAUGUGCUUGGCUGAAGGACUUGCAGAAGUGGCGGAUCGCCGGCCAGUAGAUCCCAUCCGUUUCUUGGCGUCCUGGAUUUACAGCUAUAAUGAAAAUAGAGAGAAAGAAGAAAAGAAAAAGACAGAAAAGGACCACCUCGAAUUUCAACAUGAAGAAUUUCUUGCAGAACUGGAGAGGACAGAAAAGCUGAAAGCAGAAGAAGUCCUGACGGCCCAGAAAUUUGAGGAGCGGCAGCAGGGUGAAAGGCAGAAGAUGGGAAUGGACUUCAAAUACCUCAAGGAAAACCUUGGGAUGUGCUUGGCUGAAGGACUUGCAGAAGUGGCGGAUCGCCGGCCAGUAGAUCCCAUCCGUUUCUUGGCGUCCUGGAUUUACAGCUAUAAUGAAAAUAGAGAGAAAGAAGAAAAGAAAAAGACAGAAAAGGACCACCUCGAAUUUCAACAUGAAGAAUUUCUUGCAGAACUGGAGAGGACAGAAAAGCUGAAAGCAGAAGAAGUCCUGACGGCCGAGAAAUUUGAGGAGCGGCAGCAGGAUAUUUUCGAGGACCCAACAGAAGAUACUGCUGCAAAAUUAACUGAGACGGAUGGAGCAUCACACCAACCUUUGGGGGAAGAAGUGGCUGAAGAGAAGGCAGAUGAAAUGACAAGCAAAGGAAGGGUUGGAGGUGCUCCAGAAGAAUAUGAAACUAAGUCAACACAAGAGGCGUUAGGAAACAAACUAGAUCAAAACUAUCUAAAUGUUGCGAUGAAAGAUCUGGAUGAGCCACCAGGCAAAGUAAGUCCUAGUUUAACCCUCCAGGAAGCCUUGUUGGAAAUUGCUGCAGAUGAAGAUUUCAGUCCCAAAGUCUUGGAUGACAGAGGGGAAGACCAGUUGGAACAAGAUAGAGCAGCUGAGAAGGAGCAUGACGUGCAAGCAGAAGAUGACACUCAGGCUGAGAAAUACAGAUCUGCUCAGGAUGGGAAUUCAGAGUAGUUGCACAAUUCAUCUACGCUUGGAAGAAAAUCCUGUUGUGUUCAAAAGGCUUUGUACAAAGACUUUGUUUUGCAAAGAGGUGUAACCUAAAACUGAUGAUGAAAGUGUUGUAUUUUGAGUGUGUGAUAGUGCCGGUUUUCCAGCAUAGAUACACUAGGAUGUUACGGAUAACGUGGAUCAACAGAUGGCAACUAAUAUUUGUCUUGGGAAAAUGUGUAUUUGAUGCUCCUCUUCAAAACCUGCUGUGUUCCUGUAGCUUUUGUUUUUGUGCUUUUAUCUGUUGGAAGGAAUGACAUUUACCUACACUGGAAAUUCUCUCAUGCAGCUGAUUACAAAUGAGGCUCAAUAAGCAGUAAGACUCUUGCAUAAUUGCAAUUAUAGAUGAUUUUGGGCAGAAGGAAUUAU